GCGUUUUCAAGAUCUAUCGACCAUCAGCGAACUGACAGUAGAAGCCCCGAGUCAGCAAACCAUGGUCGCUCGGAAUACCACGGCCGAUUUCCCCUGGUAUCCUCAUCAAGUCCAAUUCGACUGCUCCACGUCAGACGAGUUGUCGGGUCUCAAAAAGCCAGAGCCAGACAGGUCACAUCCGGAAGUGCGAGGCAGAGGCUUACGUCUUGACCUGGAAGCACCGCUGACGCCAGAAACCCAUCGUGUCUUCACGGAGUCAUUCGGGAAAUGCGAAACACAGCUCGACCAUACUGGUCGUUCAGGGAUUGUGUGGUUCUCAUCUACUCGGGCUGCUGAAAAGGCUUUAACGAUUCACCAGUCAAGUCUAAUUCAGACCCAAGGUCAAGGCGGCUUCCGGUUGACCCCGCUCCACCCCUCCCCCCGAACCUCCCUCGCACCUGCUCAGAUCCGGAUCCUUACCGGAUUUCCUGCCGCACUACCUAUCGGGGAAGUGUAUGACGCGAUCCGACCAUGGGGACCUUUACACAGUCUCAAUCUCCUACCAAGAAACAAGUCCAACUUGUGGGAAGUGGGUUUCUGGAGGGAGAGCGAUGCUGAAGUAUGGGAGAAAGAGUGGAAUGGAUCGAGUUUCGAUGGAAGCAGCACAAUCUCUAUAUCUCUUGCAGACCAAUUCACUACCCCCUCGAAAUCAUAUCUCGCAUCACUAUCGCUCUCGCUCUCGCAACUGCCUCCUACACCUAUAUCUCCUCUCCGACGCCGUAAAUCUUUCGACCUCGAACGCGAACAUCCUCAUACUCCACAAAGAUCCAGGUUGCGGACGGAAUCCAAGGAAUACUGGGUAGCCGAAUACCACGGUAGUACCGAGCGUACACCAAUUCAGGCUCCCGGGACGGCUGGCCUGGGGCCUGCGCAUGAAAUUGGCUAUCCGAUGACCCCGCCGAGGGAGGAGAAACUGGUUCCCAUCCGAUUGCGACAAAGGACAACUAGCUGGGCGACGCUGAGGUGCUCCAACUUGCCUACUUCGGUCGAUUCGGUUAUAUUGAAUCAGUACAUAGCGAAGGUUUGUCCAAUCAUCAGCGUAAAGGUGUCGAGGGAAAGGGAUGGGCAAAGUCGAGGGGUGGCAAUCCUGACGUUCGAAUCUUGGGAGACGGCUGCCGUUGCCCUUAGGAGGCUUCACCGGGCUAGCAUCCAUGGUACUAGAUUAUCUUUCACCUUCGAAGACACUGGGACACCUUCAUCUCUCGGUCGGAAGCUUCGCUUUCGAAGCGCGACGGAAGAUAGCAGCUCGAGUUUGACUAGUGUUUCAGCACAUCCAAACUCCUCUGAAACGCCAGUCAAGGCUUGCACUUGCGUGGCAGUUGAGGUUCCGACGGACCCCUCACCCGAAACGGCGGGUGUGCAGACAGACCCCCGUCCCGACCUGAUAUGCACAUUGGCUCAAACGGAUAGUUCCCCUUCUUUACGCACCAUCGCCGUGCAGACGAUGGAGGCGCCCGGGUCGCACACCAUCGCCACCCAAACCAAUGCGGUUCCUCCCUCGCAGCCCUUCGUGAAGCGACCUGAAGCCGAAGUUCCAUUGCCCCCACCGCCGACCAGAAAGCAGAAGCGACGAUCCACCACCGCCAUGACACUUGAUCACUGGAAGGACGUCCCAGCGAUCGCACCGGACAGCCUGCAAGAGCUCUUUUUACAUCCAGCCCGGGACGUUUGGAUCUGGCUAUCCAACGCCUCUGAGACGUCACGUAAGGCUUUCAGGCUGCGCGAGCCCGAGCCCGAGAUGCAGCGGUUGAGCAUACGUUGGAUGGAGGUGGUUGCUGCGGGAGAUGAGGCCGUGCUGCGGCAGCAUCUUUUGGGUAAUAUGUUACGGUUAUUAAAGGCGAGUUAGGCUGAAGCCGAGUUCCAUGAUAACCGCGAAACUCCAGCUGAUCCCUCUUCUGUUAAUCAGACCUGGGGCUAUAAAGAUCUUGGUCCGAAGGUCGCCGAGCGGUUGCUGA